CGCGGCCGCGUAACGGUAAAGCCAACGCGUUCGCCGUCGCGGGCCGGACAACGGGUAGGUUCAAUCGUGCGGGUGCGUGUGCCUGGACGUUUUACGGGACAACGUCGGCCGUACAAUACGAACCGUACGGUACACACAUACGCGUUAUUAACUGUUGCCGAACGGGUCGCGGACGCGGUCGGAAGACGGUUGGGGCUCGAACACGAACGGCAACGUGCGAAAUGUCAUGUUAAACGAAGCCCCGACCGCUGUUGUACGGUUUCGACGGUGAAGACGCACCGACGCGGCGGCACCCCUCGUCACUGCCGCGCCCACGAUCACACGUGCUGCACGCGUACACGUAGACGCGAGGGCGACCCACGUACUGUAAUACCGUCGUAGUUGCGCGCGAUGUUCCGGCUAGCGUCGCGCGACCGCGCGCUCCGGUCGGGUUUGAAGUGCGCUCCCCGCAGGUUCGAGUCGGCUGUCCCCGGCAAGUCGUGCGAGUCGUCCGAGCCAAGAGUGCCGUACACCGAGCUUAAAAUCGGUGUCCCCAAAGAGACGUGGUCCAACGAGAGGAGAGUUGCUCUGGUGCCAAGUUCCGUGGAGGUUUUAAAGAAACACGGCUGGAAUGUACGAGUGGAAUACGAUGCGGGAACUGGAGCUAAAUUCAGAAAUCGGGAUUACGAGACCGCUGGAGCCGAAAUCGUUUCGAAGGAAAACGCAUUCGCAUCGGAUGUUAUACUCAAGGUCAGACACCCUGUACCAAAUGAAGUGCCUCUGUUUAAAAAUGGUUCCACAUUGGUAUCAUUCUUAUAUCCAGCGAGUAAUCAAGAUUUGAUAAAAAAACUGGCGGAAAAACAUAUGAGUGCUUUUGCAAUGGACUGUAUACCUAGAAUAUCUAGAGCACAAGUGUUUGAUGCAUUAAGUUCAAUGUCGAACGUGUCUGGUUACAGAGCGGUCAUUGAAGCUGCGAAUUAUUAUCCGAGAUUUUUUGCUGGCCAGAUAACAGCUGCCGGUAAAUUACCACCGGCUAAAGUAUUUGUGAUUGGUGGAGGUGUUGCUGGUUUAGCCGCUAUUGCACAGGCUAAAAAUAUGGGUGCCAUAGUUCGAGCAUUUGAUACACGAUCUGCUGUCAAGGAACAAGUUGAAUCCUUAGGAGCUCAAUUUUUGACAGUUUCUAUUGAGGAAGAAGGAACAACUUCCAGCGGAUACAGCAAAGAAAUGUCGAAAGAAUUUAUUGAAGCUGAAAUGGAGUUAUUUUCUAAACAAUUGAAAGACGUAGACAUAGUUAUAACAACAGCAUUGAUUCCUGGAAAACCGGCGCCAAUUUUGAUUUUAAAAGACCACAUUGAAAGCAUGAAACCUGGUAGUGUUGUAGUUGACCUAGCUGCUGAAGCAGGAGGAAAUAUUGAAACCACUCGUGUUGGUGAAAUUUACACUUAUAAAGACGUCGUACACAUUGGAUUAACAGACUUGCCUUCUAAGCUUCCAUCUCAAAGUUCUUCCUUGUAUUCAAAUAACAUUUCAAAAUUUCUGCUAACUAUAGGAAGCGACAAAAAGUUUUGGAUAAAUUUAGAAGACGAAGUUGUUCGAGGAAGUAUUAUUUUGAAAUCUGGAGAAUUAAUGUGGCCACCACCACCUCCUAAAAAAGUUGAAGUACCAAAAACGAAUAAAGAAAUUGUAAAAAAAGAAGAAACUGUGGCCGUCAAUCAUUUCAGUAAACAUAUGAAAGAUUCACUGGCGAUUUCUACGGGUCUUGGUAGCUUAUUAAUAUUUGGUGCAGUUUCUCCAAAUCAUCAUUUUUCUAUGAUGGCAUCUACGUUUUCUUUGGCUAGCAUUGCAGGUUAUUAUACAGUUUGGGACGUAACUCCAGCGUUGCAUUCGCCAUUAAUGUCUGUGACCAACGCUGUAUCAGGAAUUACAGCUGUUGGGGGUUUAUUGUUAAUGGGUGGAUCAUAUUACCCAUCAAACGCAGUACAGGGAUUAGCUGCUUCAGCUGCACUUUUAUCGUUUGUUAACGUAUUUGGUGGAUUUGUAGUGACUCGGCGUAUGUUACAAAUGUUUAAAAGGCCUGGUGAUCCACCAGAAUACAACGCAUUAUACUUGAUACCGGCUUCUGUAUUCUUUGGUGGUUAUUCUUGGGGUGUCAUCAAUGGUUUAUCAGAAAUACAUAAUUUUGCAGCACUAGGAUCGUCUCUGUGCUGUAUUGGUGCCAUUGCUUCUUUAAGUUCACAGAAAACAGCACGCUUCGGAAAUAAUCUCGGAAUAAUUGGAGUUAGUGGUGGUAUUAUUUCAACUCUUGGUUAUAUUGCACCAUCCACUGAAGUUUUAACUCAAAUGAUAACUUGUACUGCUCUCGGAGGUGCAAUUGGUACGAGCAUAGCAAAAAGAAUUCAAAUUACCGAUUUGCCCCAGCUCGUAGCUGGAUUUCACAGUCUCGUUGGUUUAGCCGCAGUAUUAACAUGUUUAGCAACAUACAUGAACGAUUUUUCAACAUUUGCUACCGAUCCCACUGCAAACGUUAUAAAAACUGCAUUAUUCUUAGGUACAUCAAUUGGUGGUAUAACAUUUAGUGGAUCAUUGAUCGCAUAUGGAAAACUACAAGGCGUUUUGAGUUCAGCACCGCUAUUGCUUCCUGGAAGACAUGCAAUUAAUGCUGGCCUUCUUGUCGGAAACUUGGCAUCUAUGGCAUAUUUUUAUAUUGACCCAUCUCUGUUUGGUGGUUUAGCGUCAUUGUCAUCUGCUACUGCCUUUUCAGCAGCAUUAGGAUUGUCACUAACGUCAUCUAUUGGAGGUGCCGAUAUGCCAGUUGUUAUCACAGUAUUAAAUAGUUAUUCAGGAUGGGCAUUGUGUGCUGAAGGAUUCAUGUUGAAUAAUAAUUUGAUGACAAUUGUCGGAGCUCUGAUUGGAUCAUCCGGUGCUAUAUUAUCUUAUAUCAUGUGUAAAGCAAUGAAUCGGUCAUUGACUAGUGUAAUACUUGGUGGAUUUGGCAACAAACCGGUUAAAUCCAGUGGAAAAGAUGUAAUAACCGGCACACACACAGAAACAAAUGUUGAACAAGUAGCAGAUCUCAUGAUUAACUCAAAAAAUAUUAUUAUAACACCAGGUUAUGGUCUAUGUGUUGCUAAAGCACAAUACCCAAUUGCUGAAAUGGUUUCAAUUUUAAAAAAAAGCGGAAAAAAUGUUCGUUUUGGAAUUCAUCCCGUGGCAGGUCGCAUGCCUGGGCAACUAAACGUUUUACUGGCCGAAGCCGGAAUACCGUACGAAGAUAUGUUGGAAAUGGAUGAAAUAAAUGACGAUUUUAAUAAAACCGAUUUAGUGUUGGUGGUCGGCGCUAACGACAUAGUAAACUCUGGCGCUGAAGAUGAUCCUAAUUCGGUGAUUGCCGGAAUGCCGGUGUUGAAAGUCUGGAACGCAAGUCAGGUAAUCGUCAUGAAGCGGUCCUUGGGCUUUGGGUACGCAGCGGUUGAAAAUCCGAUUUUCUACAAACAAAAUACUAAUAUGUUGCUCGGGGACGCUAAAAAGACGUGCGAACAACUUUUAGAUAGAAUAAAAGCUAGCCAAUAAUAAUAACAGUUGACUUUAAUUAUUAUAAAGUUUAUUUUCAUUGUACAUACUAUAUUAUAUGAUAUAUUUAAUUUAUUUUAACUAUAUGUAUUUUAUUUUAACAGCCAUUUGAAUUGAUUAUUGUUUAUUUUGUACUAUAGUUGAUUACAUACCUGGGAUCAGUAAAA